GCGCGCGGGGUGCGGCGAAGGGCGGGGCGGGGCCGGGCGCAGCUGGGCCGUUGGUCGGUUGCCAGGGGCAACGACGGGGCCUCGGGCCUGAGCGAGAGACAGAGACGGAGACAGAGCGCGGCCGGGGGCCCUGCCCAGAGGACCCUGUCUGCGUGGGGGGCGCCUGGCGAUGGCGCUGGUCAGCGGAUUGGUGCCCGCCCGUUUCCUGACCCUCACGGCCCAUCUCGUCAUCGUCAUCACCAUCUUCUGGUCCCGGGACAACAACGUCCUUGCCUCGCUGCCCCUGCAGUACAGCCAGCAGCAGUACCAGCGCCAGGACGUGGAGCUGGUGGUGGCCCUGUCGGUGACGCUGGGCUUGUUCGCCGUGGAGCUGGCUGGCUUCCUGUCCGGGGUGUCCAUGUUCAACCACACGCAGAGUCUGCUCUCCAUUGGGGCCCACACUGCCGCCGCCGUGGCCCUCCUCUUCUUCCUCUUCGACCAGUGGGACAGCAGCCUCUACUGGUGGAUCUUUGCCUUCUGCAGCAUUGGCUGCUCACUGCAGCGCCUCCAUCUGUCUCUCCUUCUUCGUCUUGGAGCGCUGGGAGAGCGCCACCUACUGGUACAUCCUGGCCUUCUGCAGCGCCCUGCCUGCUGCCUUCGAGAUCCUGCUCUUCGUGUCCGUCUUCGUGUUCAAGAGGAAGCCCCUGUGAGCCGGAGCCGGGCCCCCCGGGAGGUCUGUACCGCUGGCCCCACGGGCUCUGAGCCGGGUGGUGGAUAUGCCGGACGGGGAGCUCGCCAGCGCUCGCCACUGCUCCUCAGCCCUACAGACCUGGCGCUGGCCGGGGGCAGCUGGUGAUGGGGUGGCUGCAUGGGGCAGUCAGGACCUGGUGCUCUGCCUCUAAGGGGCAGGGCUGAGUUAGCCCCAUAGGAGCCUGCAGCGCCCCCCAGGAGACCCCCGGGGCAACAGCGGUACUGCACCCUGCGCCAAUCCCAUAGCAACCUGCAGCGCCCCCCAGGAGACCCCAGUGGCAGCAGGAGAUACUGCACCCUGUGUCAGCCCCAUGGGACCUUACAACGCCCCCCAGUGGCAGCAGGCAGUACUGCACUUGGCAGUGCGUCAGCCCCAUUGCACAGCAGUGAUAGGAUCAGUGGGGCGGAGCCCCUAAGGAGCGGCUGAUGUGGCAAGGGAGAAGAAUUAUUCCUCUGUUUCUACCAGCUGCUCCCUCUCUGGCCAUGUCCCCCUCCCCACCCCAGGGCUGGGGCUGUGCCCUGGAGCCCGCCCGCCCUGUGAAUAAACUGGCUUUCCUAACUGGA